AUGGCAAGGAAGUGGCAGAUAGCAAAAUCUUGUUCAGAUUCAGAAACUUGCACUACUACUUCUGUUGCUCACAAGGGUCGCUUCACUGUUUACACUUGUGAAGGGAAAAGAUUCAUGGUUCCACUAGAGUACCUGGACAGCAAAAUCUUCCAAGAACUAUUCAGGAUGUCGGAAGAAGAGUAUGGUUUGCCGGUAGAUGGGUCAAUUACAUUGCACUGCAAUGAAGUUUUUGUGAAGUAUAUCAUGUUGUUGUUGAAGAAACAAGUGUCUAAAGAUGUGGAGAGAGCAUUGCUUAGCUCCAUUUUGGUUCCUUAUCAAUCCUCAUGUUCCUCCCUUGCAGUAGUGCAUGAACAACAAGUAGCUGUCUGUGGCUUUUGA